AUGCCGUCUCCUCCCCCAGACUGGGUCAAGGCCCUAAAGCCCUCGGGCCCGCAGGGUUCCGAGCUGCUGGCACAGGAGCGUGCGCAAUCUAAUGUCAAUGUUGAGAAACUGUCAGAGCUUCUUCACUCUAGGGAAGCCUUGGAUCGACAACAGAAGCUGUUGGGCGUUCUACAGCCAGAGAUUGUCUUCGACAAAUCUCAAAACCACACCCUGGGUCGUGUGGAGCGGCUUCAGCGUUCGCUGGCCAAGGCCAAGCGUCUGCAACAGCUGGCGGAGCAGAACCAGUGGUCAAUGGAAGAACUUCAUGCCGCCAAUGACCUCAUUGGAGAACCCACUCCCUAUGGCCUUCAUGCCAGCAUGUUCCUGGUAACCCUCCGCGAACAAGGUACCCCCGAGCAGCACAAGCUGUUCCUCGAACGGGCCGAAAAAUAUCAGAUCAUCGGCUGCUACGCUCAGACGGAACUGGGUCACGGAUCGAAUGUUCGUGGUCUUGAGACUACUGCUACCUGGAACCCAGAGGACAGAACCUUCACGAUCAAUUCACCAACCUUGACAGCCUCAAAGUGGUGGAUUGGCUCUCUGGGUCGCACCGCCAAUCACGCCGUGGUUAUGGCGCAGCUGUUCAUCGGUGGUAAGAACUACGGCCCACACCCCUUUGUGGUGCAGGUCCGCGAUCUGGAGACACAUCAGCCGCUUGAGAAUGUAUACGUGGGUGAUAUUGGCCCGAAGUUUGGGUACAAUACUAUGGACAACGGCUUUUUGCUGUUCAACAAUGUCAAGAUCCCACAUAUUAACAUGUUGGCCCGCUUCUCUCGCAUCGAUAAGGAAACGAGCAAGUAUGUCCGUCCUGCUUUGCCGUCUCUGGUCUACGGUACCUUGACUUGGGUGCGCUCCAACAUCGUUCUUCAGGCUGGUGGUGUCCUGGCGCGCGGUGUGACCAUUGCCACUCGCUACUGCGCUGUCCGAAGACAGUUCCAGGACCGUGAUGCAGAUGCCAAUGCCGGCGAAAACCAAGUCCUGAACUAUAAGAUGGUGCAGGUCCGCCUCCUCCCCCUUCUAGCAUCUAUGUAUGCUCUGCACUUCACUGGUCGCGGUAUGAUGAAGCUUUAUCAGGAGAACCAGAAUCGUAUGAAGGCAGCCGCCUCUCCUGGCCAGAACUCUCGGGGUCCUGGUCCUGAAGAGCUUCGAGCCGGUGCUGACCUGUUGGCGGAUCUACAUGCUACCUCCUGUGGCCUGAAAGCGCUUGCCAGCACUACUGCCGGUGAAGGCCUUGAAAUCUGUCGACGUGCUUGCGGCGGUCACGGCUAUAGCAGCUACAGUGGCAUUGGCCCAUGGUAUUCGGACUACCUUCCUACACUUACCUGGGAAGGUGAUAAUUAUAUGCUGACCCAGCAGGUCGCACGUUACCUGCUCAAGUCAGCCCGUGCCGUGCUAUCUGGAAAGCCUGCGGACAACGACACUUGCCGUAUCCUUCGAUCUUACCUCGACCGUCGCGACAAGGGUGCUUCUUUCGAUGUGCUUGAAGAAGACGCCGAUAUUGUAGCCGCUUUUGCCUGGCGCACAGCGCAUCUUACUUUUGAGGCUCUGAAGCACCGUGAUGCCGAAAAGCGUUCAUGGAAUAGCCUCCUUGUCGAUUUCUGGCGCCUUUCUACUGCGCAUUCUCAAUAUCUUGUCGUCAAGAAUUUUUAUGAGGCUGUCUCCUCUGAUCAGCUCUCACAGGCAUUGGACCAAGAAACCAAGAUCCUCAUGCACCAACUCUUCCGCCUGUAUUCUCUGCACACCCUGGAGCGUGAGGCUGCUGAAUUCUUCUCCUCUGGCGCCGUAACUGUGCGACAAAUUACUUUGACCCGCACUACCGCUGUAAUGAAGCUGUUGGAUGAGAUCCGCCCGCAUGCUGUACGCCUUGUGGACGCCUGGGCCAUUCCUGACUGGCAGCUCGACAGCAGCCUGGGUCGAUAUGAUGGCCAAGUGUACGAAGAUCUAUUCCGCCGAGCUAGCCAAGAAAACCCCGUUAACGACCUGGUUUUCGACCCAUACCCAUGGAAUACGGCAUUGCUCAAGAAUCAAGAGCCUAAGAGCAAACUAUGA